AUGUUAUAUGACAAUGAGAUAGACGUACUUGAUGAAAGGUUGAAGUUGUACUGCACAUACACUAUCUCAAAUGCAUCAGUAAAACCAGCUAGGGAAUUCAUCAAUUUGCCAGACCCUAAUUAUGGAAAUUUGUGGAACAUUACAAGGAGAACUAUGAUUGAAGAUGUUGUUGCUGGAGAUGAGAUAAACAUCAACGAAUCGGUUCAGCCACACAUAACUCCAUUCUCAGAUUUUUACGCAUGUUUGUCAUCUCGACAACUGAUAAAUGUGCUAGCUAUUGUUAUUUGCAAACUACCACGUCAAUGCAUUACGACAAGGAAUGGUCAACAAAAUAUUAAUGAGUUUGUGAUUAUCAAUGAAGAAUCAAAACCUGUUAUCAUCACUCUAUGGGGCAACUUUGUCAUGACUGAAGGAAUUCAGAUUGAUUUACAACUUAGUCAAGGCAAAUUUCCAAUUGUUAUUGCUCAGGGAGUUAAUGUAAAUGCAUUCCAAGGUAUUACACUGAGUACGAGAUAUGAUACCACUAUCGAAGUAAAUCCACCCGGACAACAUGCAACGGUUCUUAAUAAAUGGAAAGACAACAACUUAAGCGUUAUCUACAAAACAAUUGUAGACAAAACUUAUCUUGACUCUUUUCUCACACUCUCAAACGCAUUGCAACAACCAAAGUGCACCUUUGCUGAAAUUGACAAUGAAUUAAAGCAGAAACCAGUUGCAUGGGUUAGAGGGAAGCUUAGAAUGAAGAAUGUUGGUCCGCUUGAGUAUUAUAUUGGUUGCAAUUAUUGCAACAAGACAGUGAAUUCCAUCGAAGGAUUAAAACUCCAUUGCUUAUAUUGUGGCCAAACUGAUGGUCUCACUGUCAGGAGGUAUAAGUUAAAUGUUGAAAUAUCGGAUGGUUCUACAAUUGUGCAAGCUACUCUCUUUAAUCAUGAUGUGCACCGGCUAAUGUUGUUAGCUACUCUCUUUAAUCAUGAUGUGCACCGGCUAAUGUUGUUAGUUGGAAUUGAAAUGCCAACAACUGUUGAGGAAAGUGAAAUAUUCCAACAAAAGUUGCCAACAACUGUUGAGGAAAGUGAAAUAUUCCAACAAAAGUUAGAUGCUAUUGAUUUUGUUGUGGGUAUAUUCCAACAAAAGUUAGAUGCUAUUGAUUUUGUUGUGGGUAUAAGGAUAAAUGCUCUAAAUGAAGAUCAUCCAUCGACAUUGACUUAUUCAGUAGCAUGUAUUUGUAAGGACAUAACAACAGACACUGGUGAACAACAAGCAACACCACAUGCACGUUCAUCCAACAUUGUGGAAGAAACUUUUAUGGUGGGCAAUCCAACAAAGAAAAGGCUAGACUUCGAUGAAUCAUCAAAACAUGCUAUUGACAUUCUAGAAGAUGCUACAAGUAAAGAGAAAUCAGUAAGUCUUGAUAAAGGUAAAAGGGCAAAAGUCGAUUAA